AAUGUGAAGUUUUUCUUUGAAUUUAUGUGUUUUUGUAAUUCUCACUGAUUAUGUUUGUUGAAAUUUAUCAAAUUUAGAUUUUUAUGAUUUCAUAAUUAGAGUUUAUGAUAUCAUAGUAUAUUGUAUUGUGACUUAUAUCCAAAAGAAAAUGGGAUUCCGGCUUUUACAGCUGGUCUUCCUAGCAUGGGUCCACAAUGCAGCAUGCACAGUUGAAGUAUCUGAGCCAUACACAGCGGCGCAAUGUGCUGAUAUCGGUUUCAAGCGACACCUCAUGUGUGGGAUGUGUGUGUCUUUGAAAGAAUUUGGACUUGAAAAACUUGAAAAUGAUUGUCUGAAAUGUUGUCAGAAAGAGGCAGAUGAUAAAGGGACUAAAAAAUUCCCCUCUGCAGUCCUAGAAGUGUGCGGAUGAAAAAUAGGACGAUACCCCCAAGUCAAGGAGUUUGUGAAAGGAGAAAAAUCCAAGCGUUUUCCUAAUUUAAGAGUCAAGUAUCUCAGAGGACAAGAUCCAAUCAUUAAAUUAUUAAAUGAAGAUGAGGAAGUUCAAGAUACUUUGAGCAUUGCAAGCUGGGACACCGACACAGUAGAAGAUUUCCUGAACGAAAAACUAGUGAAAAUGUAAAGUAUUCAGACGCCAAAUUCCGUUAGCUGUGAGACUUAUUGACAAUGUAACUACAAUGUACCUACCAACCAAAAUAAAUUUUUUGAUACACUGAAAGUUUUUUCUGCCAACUUCAAUUCUGUGUAAUGCAAAACCUCAGCUGUUUUCAUGGUUGUACUGACACAAACGGUUUCAUGUGUCGGAUCAAUCAGUAUUCACCAAGUCCUAAUUCAAACUGUGGGGCGCAGUCAAGUUUUUGAGAGUUUGUAAAGCUAAUUAAAAAAUGUGUUAGAUUUGAUCUUUCCUGCCUUAUUUUGGAUAUUUACGUUCUAUACACGUAUUUUCAACAUGUUUUUUAAAUAGGACAUACAUUCGCUUCACCAUCUGUUAUUUGUAGCUUAUUGUUAGCUACUUAUUUUGGGAGUGGGGCGUGAGACUUGACAAAUUCUAAAAAAGGGGCGUGGCUUAAAAAGUUUCAGAACCACUGCUGUAAUUCCAGAUUGGAAUAAAUUUGGUCAAAUUAUUGUUUCUUCUCUGUUUGUAUUUAAUUAAGGUGGAGUAAUACCCUACUAAAAAUUGAAAACAAUUUGAAAACUUUCCCUCUCUAGCAAUUGUCCUAUACAAUCAUGUUCCGAGUCAAUUCCAGUGAUAAUGUGAAUUCUAGUUUGCCUUUUUUUAUUCAACUUAUGCAGUUUUUGCACCCACACUGUUAAGAGAAAUGUGUUAAUUUUUCACAUUUCAAAUUUAUUUUAUGCUUUUUUCAUUACUCUUUGGAAACAUAAUACAAAAUUAAGAGAGCGAUGUCAAGAUUAUUAGGUCAUUUGUCCAAUUUGAGUGUUCUCAUGAAUUGGAACAAGACCGAAAUUUUGGAUGGACUACCCGAAUAUUUAUUAUUUGUAUGUUUGAAUGAAAUUCUGUAUAUGUAUAGAUAUAUAUAUGAAAUCAAUUUUUUCUUAGCAACAACAGAAAUUUAUUAUAUGAUACAUAUUCUCUGACAAGAAUAAGAAAAAUUCCUAACGUGGCAACUUAAGUUUGAAAAACAUAUCUGGACAUUAACUAUGAAUUGUUAUGGAAUUUUGCACAUUUUUCUUAGCAGUGUGGACUUGUUUUUGUGCUUCUAUUUUGUAAUAUUUUCGAUUGAGUUUCAUUUGUGAUAGCUCAUUUAUGGGGAGGACUCUAACUGAUCCUUUAUGGGGGUAGAGGAGAUGUUAGGGGAAUUCCCUUGCAACCCCCAAAAAGUACAAUUUGGGGAUUGGAUUUCGAUUUCACCCCAAUUGCCAGAUUUGGGCUUUUACUCGGCCACUAGCGAAUGAAAAUGCUCCUUAAAACCUCAUUGGUAGGGGGCAUAAGAUAAAUUUAGUGGCCGGAGGGGGUAUUUGCUGUGCUAUUCGUGUAAAUGAAUCUUUAAUGUUCGGUGAAAUUAAAUGAAAUGUGUAAAAUUA